AUGUUUAUUUUCAAAAUUUACGUAUAAUUGUAUAAUUAAGCCUUAGCUUGUGGCAUUGAUUAUGAUUAUGGUAGUGGAGGUGGUUUUACUUAAUAAUGUGGUUUAUAUAAUUAAUGUAUCAUAUUUAUUUCUCAUAAAUCAUAAAAACCUAUAUUUGGUUAUUUUUUCAGUUUUAAAUAUAUAAUUAUUGAUGAUUGGGUUAUUGGUACAGAUUUUUUGUCCUUUAUGAUAAAUGGAAAUAUUUCUACAUGUUUAUUUAAAAAUAAUGCUUCUACUAAUUUAUGUGGAUAAUAAAAAUUUAACGAAGAAUAUUAAUAAGCGGAUAUCGAAUAUAUUACUAAUAACUAAGAACUUGAAAUCGAAAUAACGAGUAAUUACUAAAAGACUUACGAUAAUUAUACAAGAUCUUUUGGAAUUACGAAACUUUUUAUUUAUGCUUAUGAAUGUAUGCCUUAAUGUGCUGGAUGUACUAACGGUACUUCUUGUAGUUCUUGUUUUAAAGGCUAUUAUUUAAAUAUAGAUGAAUGUUUACAUUGUAUUCUAGGAUGCGAAGAAUGUAUAGAUGGAGUUUCUUGUGAUUUAUGUAAAAGUGGAUAUUUUUAUUACGAUUCAAAAUGUAUUUCUUCAUGCCCAAAUGGAAAAUAUGCAGAUUCUUCAGCAAGAACUUGCUAUGAUUGUAAUAUUAAAUGUAUAACUUGUUCUAAUGCGACUGAUUGUGAUACAUGUUUUGAGAAUAGGGUUCACCUGCUUGUGAAUGAUUAUCCUUAAUAUUCUUAUGAUCCUAAGGUUUUCAAUUAAGCCUGUACUAUGUGUUCUACUUUUUCAGCUGGAUGUGUUACAUGUAGUACGACAGAAUGA